CUGUACUGACUGACUGACUGAUUCCUCUGCAUCUUUCAUUCUCAUCUACUACUGAUACGACAGACUCCCUUCGCUCGAGAGACCUCUUCAGAUGUCCGUUCCAGAGUCAGUCACACUUCCGGCUGUGGAAUCUGAGGAUGAGCUGGCGCAGUAUACUGCAGAGAGCGAGCCUGAGCAGGAGGCUGAUACGCUGGAGCCUCUUAUCACCUCGGCAUCGUCAUGCGACAAGGAUGGCUUUUCUGCGAUUAGCACUCGCCAAGGAGACAUGUCGCCAGACAAAGAGAAGAUGGGAGUCCAAAGCCAUUUGAAUCUGCAACCUCGUUUGGAUGCGGCAGAAGGCAGGACCACACCACAAAAGCCACAUCACCCAGAGACAGAGCGGACCUUGCAUCCCCUCCUUUCGGAUGAGUCUCCCGACCGUCGUGAGGCCGCUCAGUUGUCGCAAAAUCAGAGGAACAUCACCCUAUCUUCAAGUGAUCCCCUUGUACAAAGCUCGGAGCCAACGACUGGAUCACUCUUUCGUGGUCAGGAUGACGACAGUGAAGAUGAUGAACAAGACAGUUUCCAUCCCACACUGCAGAUCCAUGACACCCCGGGAGCCUCAGACUCGAAGUCGAUCUCAAUGUCGAGUCCCAAAGAGGAGAUGUCACUUCAUACCUAUGGUCCCUCGUCCUUCACUCCAAAAAGACGCUUAUUUGUCAACACGGUCAGCCGCAAGUACGGUAAGAUCCGCGGCGUGGAGGAUGAUGAAUGUGACGAUAGCCCUGAAGACGUCAGAGCGCGAGCGAGGCUGGCUACGUCGCCGCCAACGCCGACAAGUCCAGUGAUCGGCUCCGCUAGAACUACAUUUGGCGACGCCUCUCAGAGGUCAAGCUCACCUUCCGAGCAAGUCGUCGCCCGUCGACUCCCUGUCAAUGAAGACAAGCUUCCAAAUACUGGCAAGUCAGAGCAGGUACGCAAACAUUAUCCUCCUGGCUCAGAAUUCGAGAUGACUGGCCAGCGCCGUGUCGGUCUCGGAGACGGCCAUGCAAGCCCAAGCGCAUCCCCUUCGCGCAAGCUGUGCGUAGCGACCAGAGGCAUGGACCUCAAUGAGGCUAUUGAGAUCUCUUCCACCUCUGAAGCCGACGCUGACUCCACCUCGGACUCGGAGGACUGCGUCGAGUGCGAUGCUGAGGGAAACGUCCUCCUUCGAACACCUGCAGUGAUCGCAGACGAGAUCGAACGCAGAGCCCUCGCUGGUAUGGCCCGAGUGGCGGAAGCGCAGAGGACACCGACCAAGUCUCGAAGCAGAGGCAAGCAGUCUCCCGUCAAAUUCGAGCGUCGGUCCCCCCACAGUGCAUCCAAGAGCCGCAAGCUAAUGUACAACUCGUCUCAAUCCACCAGCGAGAUUAAGAAGCGCUACAACUCCUCCUCUUCGGAUGAAGGCAUGUUUCGAGACGCCGAUGAUGCUGACGACAAGUCUCGCCUCGCCGGACCCUCGACUCCCUCCAAACGUCGUCGACGGCCUCACGAGGGGCCCAAACGCGUUCUGCCCGAAUGGCAGCAGUGGGAGGAUCUCCUUAUCACACACGAGGCAAGUGCGGGCAAGCUGGGCAGUGCUGGACAUAUCUUGGUGAAGAUUAAUGAGAAGAGGGAGACGCAGGGACUGGAGUUGCGCGAGGCGCAGGAUGUUAGGAAUCGAUGGGCAAAGCUGAAGGCUACCAUGCAGGUGAGUGUACACCUCCGUCAACGGGCAGCAUACGUCAAUGAGAGGGUGGGGCAAAAGUAUGAGUCACUGAAGUCGGUUCUAUGCGUAUGGUUUUCUGCAUCUCUCCCUUGCUCUCCAUUCUGCAGAGUAGUGUCGUCGCCUUGCACCGAGGCUCCUGAGACCUUAUAACAGACAGUCACGUCUCGCUCAGUUAGCGUCUGGUCUCAUGCGGAUG